AUGCCUUUGCAAUCCAUCCCAGCACCACCCAUCUACAAAUCCUACUCGCCAAACCCGCACUAUUCAUCUCCCCAUCGCAAAAGCGAACAACCCAUGACGCUCUCUAACAUUACAGAAAUCUUCCGCGCCAACAAUCUCCUAUGGUUUUCAGUGGUCGUCGUACCUUUACUCCUCUACUCGCUUCUUCGCAGCAUCUACAAUCUGUAUUUCCAUGCACUUUCGCGCUACCCAGGACCCAAGCUCGCGGCCAUCUCCAACGCUUGGUACGCGUAUAAUUGCUUCACUGGAAAAUGGCCGUGGAAAAUCGAAGAAGUGUCGAGACGUCAUGGCGAUGUUGUCCGUAUUGCCCCCAAUGAACUUGUAUUUCUCACACCACAAGCGAGAAAAGAUAUCCACGCCACGCACGUUAAAAACCUCGAAAAAUUUCUCAAAACAGAUUUUGAAGAUCUCGGAGAAGAUGGAGGGAUCUCCUUCGAGAUCGAUCCCAUCAAGCACCGCAACGUAGCCAGUAAACUUUCUCCCGCAUUCAGCGCUCGAAAUACUAAAGCCAAAGAAGCGGUUUUGCAUAAACAUAUUGAUUUCUUUGAUGAGAAGAUGAAAGUGAUGGGGGGCGAGAAGGAUGUUGAGUUGCGUCGGUGGACAGAUUGGUUGACGAUGGAUGUGUCUGCGGAUAUGACAUAUAAUCGACAGAUGAAUCAGAUGAAAGAUGCUAGAGAAGAACUCUCUCCUAUUGAAUGCGAUAAUCAAAGUCAAUCUAUUUUUGACCAUCCAAGCAGUGUCCAAAAAGUUUCCUCUCCUCAGCCCACUGAUGUAUUUCUUCAUUCCCCCCUCCGUCUGGCUCACCAUGCUGCGCGUGUUAAAAACCAACAGCCGAGAAGUCCAAUCACGGAUCGAACGCAGGAGAAAAACAGAACAUCUAGAUUACUUCGACCAGCUUAUCCCAAGAGACAUGGCAGCUCCCAGCAACCAGAAGCAUAUCAACCAUUUAGAACAAAUAGCAGGCCAACUGCUAGUCGCAGGCUGGGAACCAAUAACACCUCUGAUGGUCUUCCGCGCAUGAGUCCCGGGGCCAUCGUCGAUGGCAACUAUAUUCCACGCGGACGCUGGCUUGCAUCCAAGCACCCCGAAUACGAUUGCAAGUAUGAGAACGAUGAUCCCAAGGCUUUUCUACCAUUCAAUCAAGGGCCGAGAAUGUGUCCAGCCUCUGCCAUUGCAUGGACGCAGAUGAAAUUGUAUCUCGCGAAGAUCUUGUGGACAUUUGAUGUAGAGGCCGUGUCAGGUCAAGAUGUAGCUUUUGAUCGAGAUUUCUCGGUUUACACCAUGUGGAAUAAACCACAGUUUUGGGUUAGAUUUGUACCGGUUAAGAGGGAAGACGGUCAAUGA